AUGCUGAGAGAAGAAUUAGUAUUGGAUAAAGCAAUUCAAUUGUGUCAAGCAGUGGAAGAAGCUGAGGUAAACAGCAAAUUAUUGGAAGAUCAAACUAAAGAAGUUAAUGUAAUGGAGCAAUACAAGAAAAGAACACGGAAUCAAGGAAAUGAGCAGAACCAGGACAGAAGACAGAAUCAAACCCACAACAACGGGAAGAAUGAUCACGAUAAGGUAUUUAAUUGUAAUAAAUGUGGUAAGCAACAUAAAUUUAGGGAAUGUCCAGCAUAUAGAAAAGAGUGUAGGAUAUAUAAAAAAUUAAAUCAUUUUGCCUACAAAUGUAAAAACAAUAGACAAGUUGACAUGGUUGAAUGUGAAAGCGAUAAUAUGAGUAUAGAGUAUUUGACAUUAGAUGAAAUAGAUAACAAAGACAAUAAUAAUAUUUGGUUAGAAAAGGUUAAAAUUAAUGACAUAAACACUGAAGUAAAGAUUGAUACAGGGGCGCAAUUAAAUGUAAUGCCGAAUAAGUUUUAUUAAAAAAUAAAAGACAAUAAUAAAAAACAGUAAGGUGGUAAUCAAAGUGUUUGAUGGGACAAUAAUUAAGUCAUUAGGUAAAGUACAGGUAGCUGUUGUAGGUCAGUCAGCACAAAUUAUUACAAUAUUUGAAGAUGUGGAAUAUGAUGGAAACCCAAUUUUAGGGUAUAAGGAUUGUAAAUGA